ACAAAAAUGGUGAAGAAAAUGAAGCUUCUCUCAUUUUUCAAAACCAAAGGCAAAAAAUCAUCUUCACCAAGGGCUUGUCUACAAUGUAGCUACAAACCAAAAACCCUAUCUUUCAGAGAAGAUAAUCCAGAAACUUCAGAACCCAUAACACCAGAAUUUUCUUCUGAGGAUUUCAGAAGUAACUCAGUUGAAACUGUGAAUAUUGAUGAUUUACGUUCGGAUCGAUUUUUCUUCGAAUCAGACGAAACUAGAUCAAUAUUUAAGACCAAAGAAAACAUUACUAGGUCUAGCAGUAAUAAUAAUAAUAAUGAAAGUUUAUUAUUGCCAUUUGAGAACACGGUUGAGUUAGCGGUGGAUUCGCAAAACCCUACCGAAGAUUUCAAAGAAUCUAUUGUGGAGAUGGUGGAGGCUCAUGGUGUUGACAAUUGGGAAGCUUUGGAGAAGCUUUUGAGUUGGUAUUUGGAAGUUAAUGAGGAAAGAAAUCAUGAGUUUAUUAUCGAUGCUUUUUAUGAUUUAUUUGUUAGUAAUCUUGAUUCACCAGAUUCUUCUCCUUUGUCGAUUGAUAGUUUUACUUCUCUUGAUUCUUCAUGGAGCACAGCUCGUGUUUCAUCUUAUAGUUCACCUUUGUAAGUUUAGGAGAUUGUGAUUGAAGACUGGUUUGUGGGCUAAAUGGUUUUGGGUAGUGAAUCUGAAUUGUAAGUUAUAUGUAAUAAUAAUGGUGCACAAUAUAUAGCACAAUUUUGAGUAGUAAACUUUUAUUAUGAUAAGUUAU